GUACUAGGCCUAUGCAAUACCAAAUGAAGAAACAAGACAUACGACAAUAAAACUUAAAGUUGGUGGUGACAAAACGCUUCGAUGGUAGUUAUAACGCCUAACCUACCAAUCAAGAGAGAGAAAAAAAAAACUGAAAGUAGAACAAAAAUGAAGAACCACUAGAAGAAGAAGAAGAAGAAGAAGAAGAAGAAGAAGAAGAAGAAGAAGAAGGAGGAGGAGGAGGAUGUUGAGACACAUUCUAUUUCUUUGCAUCGUCUUGUUUCAGUACGGUAAUUCUGGGGACAUCUUAAGGAGUGGGGAUAGAUGGGUUUCAGUUAAGGGCGGUACACUUGUGUCUUCUAGAGGAAGUUUCGAGGCCGGAUUCUUUAGAUUUGCAGGAAGGGAAAACUGGUUUUUUGGGAUUUGGUACAAAAAUGUAGCCGAAAGAACUUAUGUUUGGGUAGGUAAUAGAAAAGACCCUUUACACAGCUCUAACGGGACCUUAGAGAUCUACAAUGAUCAUGAGUUGGUUAUCAGGGACAAGUCUAACUUAGCUGUGAGGUUCUCGACUAGAAGAGAUCAUUCUUCUACAACAACGGCAGUUGCUCAACUCCUGGAAAACGGUAAUCUCGUUCUCAAAGAUCCCAAUAACGACAAUCCAGAAGACUUUUUUUGGCAGAGUUUCGACGAACCGACUGAUACCAUACUUCCAGAGAUGAAACUACUAUGGAAUGACCAAUAUCUGACUUCGUGGAGAGCACUUGAUGAUCCACAACCAGGAGAUUUCGAAUUAGGAUUCGAAAGUGCAGAAUAUCCGGUUAUUGCCACUUUGAAAGGCUCAAUGGUUAUACAUAGAAGCGGUCCUUGGAACGGAAACAAGUUCAUCGGAGCUACUCCCUUGUUUAGAUUAGAAUGGAGGUACAAGGAAAUUUCGUAUUUGUCAAUUACUACUGCAGACAACAGAUCAUACACAAGGGUACAGCUAGACUAUGAGGGAUUAGUGAGACACUACACCUGGAAUCAAAUAAGCAAAAAGUGGGACCAGCAAUGGAGCUCAUCCCUUGAACAGUGCGAUCUGUAUUACUCAUGUACUCCGAACGCUUAUUGUAGCGUUGUUUCAUCAUCUAAAGUGUGUGAGUGUAUCCCAGGUUUUGGCUUGAACGUGACAACAAAAGAGUGUGUGCGGAAAAAGAAUGGUAUCUGCAACGGAGACAACCAUUUCUCACUUGUUCGGAAAAUGAAUCUGCCCGACAGCAGAAACGCCAAAUCGAACCCGUCCAUCACCAAGCCAGAACAAUGCGGUAAGAUUUGCCUUGGGGAUUGCAGUUGUACUGCUUAUUCUAUAAGCGUAAGCCUACAAACUGGAAACCGGAGCUGUAUAACAUGGAGCGGAGACUUGGUUGAUAUUCGCAGUUAUUCCAAUGAGGGUCUAGACCUUUAUGUGCGAACGGCUGGUGGUGGGAAGAAGAAAAGCAAAACAGGAUUGAUCGUAGGUACUUGUGUUUGCAUCUCGGUGGUUUUGGGUCUUUUUGCAUUAUUUUGCUACUGCAAGAGUAAAAAGAAGAGAGAAAGAGAAAGAGAAAGAGAAAGAGAAAGAGAAAGAGAAAGAGAAAGAGCCAUCACCGCUGCAUCAAUUGAAAUAAUGAUGUCAAGGGAAAGAGAAAACCCAAUAGAGGAUCAAAUAUCUGCCCCAAUGGAUUUUGCGAUGAUACUGAAUGCCACAGGCAACUUCUCUCAAGAGAUCGGACAUGGUGGAUUUGGGUCUGUGUACAAGGGUGUGUUAGCCAGCGGGGAAGAAAUCGCUGUCAAGAAACUUUCAGAAAUCUCGAAACAAGGGUUGGAUGAGUUCCGUACCGAGGUGAGGUCUAUUUCACGCCUCCGACACAUUAAUAUCGUCCGCCUGUAUGGUUGGAGCGUUUACAAGGAAGAGAAGCUAUUGAUAUACGAGUAUCUAGUGAACGGCAGCUUAGAAGGACAUCUUUUUGGUGGUGGUGAGCUAAAUUGGCAAACUAGAUUUCAUAUUAUCAAGGGUGUAGCUCAAGGCCUAGCAUAUAUCGAAGAAGGGGGAUACGAUCUGAUUAUACACCGGGACUUGAAACCUGAUAAUAUCUUACUUGACAGAGAUAUGAACCCGAAGAUAUCCGAUUUCGGGUUGGCCAGAAUGUGUGCAAGGAGCGAGAAGGAAGUUUUCACACAGCAUAGGGCUGGAACGCAAGGCUACAUAUCGCCAGAAUCCCUGUUAGAUGGCAUAUUCUCAUCUGCGUCUGACGUCUUCAGCUUCGGAGUUGUUGUUCUUGAAAUUGUUAACGGGAAAAGGAACAGAUCAUUCUCCUCUUCUAUUGGCUAUCUUCUCGGCUACGCGUGGAACAAAUAUAAUGAAGGAAAAUGGAGUGAUAUCAUCGAUGAGAAGAUCAGACAUGACUGUGUAGAGUCUUGGCAAGUGUUGAGAUGCAUUGAAGUGGGACUCCUGUGUUCUCAAUAUUUUGCAAGGGACAGACCAAAAAUCUCCCUGGUCGUGGCUCAACUACAACAGAAAGCUGUUGAGAUUCAAAAGCCAAAACGCCCUGGCUUUUACCCAAUUGAUGAAGGCAAAAGUGGGAUUCCUUCCUCUUCAAACUUGAAGGGAGAAUCUUCCAAAUCUACUUCCCAUACAGUUAACGGCUAUACGUUUUCCGAGAUCGAUGCUCAGUGAAUUCUUAAUUACUUGCUAUUGUAAUUGGAGGACCUCCAAAUUUUUUAUUGAUUUAGUUUAUGUGUAUAAUUAAAAAAUUCUAAUGAUAAUACAUUUAUAUUCUAUUUAAUAAUAUUAAAUUAUUUACAUAA